AAGAGCCCCGAGUCAAUUGCAGUACCUUCUCCUACUCCUCUUCUCCACCACCUCCCAUUUAUAUUCCUAUUUCCUCAUUUCUUCCCAUUUCCUUUUCCAUCCCCCUAUCUCUCUCUCCUUCUCUCUCUCUGAAGAGUCUGAGAGAACAACAACUACAGCUAGCCAUGGGCAGAUCUCCUUGCUGUGAAAAAGAGCACACCAAUAAAGGAGCAUGGACCAAAGAGGAAGAUGAGCGACUCAUCAACUACAUCAAACUUCAUGGGGAAGGCUGUUGGAGAUCUCUUCCAAAAGCUGCAGGUUUGCUUAGAUGUGGCAAGAGUUGUAGACUAAGGUGGAUAAACUACCUCAGGCCUGAUCUUAAGAGAGGAAACUUCGCUGAAGAAGAAGAUGAACUCAUCAUCAACCUUCACAACUUACUUGGAAACAAAUGGUCUCUCAUUGCCGCGCGCUUACCAGGAAGAACUGAUAAUGAGAUCAAGAACUAUUGGAACACUCACAUCAAAAGAAAGCUCUACAGUCGUGGAAUUGAUCCUCAAACUCACCGUCCACUCAACGCCGCCGCCGCCGCCGCCGCAACAACAACAACCAUCAGUACUGCCACCACUACUACCAACAUCAGCAACAACAAAACAAGUGCAAACAACGAGAGCCAAUGUUCUCUCUUUGAAGUGCAAAAUUAUAUGGCUCCAAUAUUGAUGCAGCAAGUGCCUGAUAAAGUACUCAUGAAUCCAAUUAAUGGCAGUACUGUUAUUGAUGCUAACGUAAAGGUUGAAACUGAAUCAGCAGAAGAGUCGAACAGUAGCAGUGGAGUGACCACAGAGGAAGUGUUUCCUGAACUCAACCUCGACCUCUCCAUAGGGCUGCGGCCAUAUCAGUCUCAAAAUCCUUCUACCAAUGUAAAAGAGUUGAAGCAAGAACAACCGCAGCAGCAGCAUAAGCAACAGCAGAAACAGGUUUCGUAUCAGUGGUAUGGGAAUAAUGUUAGUCAAGAUACUGUAUGUUUGUGUUGCCAUUUAGGGUUUCAGAUCAACAGCGGAGCAUGCAGCUGUAAACAGCCAUGGGGGACGACUUUAACAGCUGAGAAUCUCUAUAGGUAUAAGUAAACUUGAAACUAGAUCCUGAUCAAGCUUGGAAGUUAGAAGUAGUUUCAGACUUUGAUCAGUAGUAACUUUGCUCACAUGUAAUCUUGUGGUUGGAAGAAGAAUGAUCAGAAAUAUUAGUUGGAA